AAAUGGAAAAAAUUAUGUUCGUGUCUUCUCAGAAACACAAACUGAAACAAAAACACGAACAGAGUGUCGAUGUCGAAUUCAGCGACCUACAAAAAGCCACCGCAUAAGAAGAGAAAGACGUCUCCGUCUCCGCCUGAUUCAUCAUGGUCUCCGUUAUCGUCGCUGCCAGAUGAGAUGAUUCUGAGCUGUUUGGCUCGAGUGUCGAGAUUGGACCAAGCGGCUCUGUCUAUCGUUUCCAAGUCUUAUCGCUCCCUAAUGGCUUCGCCUGAAUUGUACAAGACGAGAUCUAAAGUGGGUUACGCGGAGAAUUGCUUGUACGUUUGUUUGCUCACCCCUCCUGACCUAACCCCACGCUGGUUCAUCCUCCGCCGUGGUGAAACUUUGAAUCGGCUUUCUCCGAUCCCGUCGUUGUGCUCUCAGCCUCCGGAAGCAUCCUCCGUGGUGGUGAUGGAUUGGGGAAUCUAUGUAAUCGGUGGAUUUAUAAAGGAGACGACUCGUACUUCGGAUGUCUGGCUCUUGGAUUGUCGGACUCACACUUGGCGUCAAGUCCCUUCCAUGGGAGUGGCUCGAGCUUGUGCGGCGGUUGGAGUCGUAAAUGGGAAGAUUUAUGUGUUCGGAGGCUGCUUGGACCCAGAUUCCUCGAACUGGGCAGAGGUAUUUGACCCAAAGACUCAAACUUGGGACUCUUUGCCUCCAAUGCCGGAUCGGAUUAAACGAGAUCAGUAUAUCCACGACAGUGUGGUGGUGAGGGGGGAGAAGAUUUACGCAGUUGAUGGAAUUGAUAGAACCUAUUGCUACUCGCCGUGUGAAGGUAAGUGGGGAAGAGGGAAUGAUGCUCCAACGAAUGGAAACAGAAGGGAUUGGUGUGUGAUUGAUGGUUUGAUCUUCUGUAUUUCUCGCAGCGGAAGUGUGUAUUGGUGUGAGCCAGAUCAGUUGGAGUGUGAACCAGAGGGGAUGUAUUGGAGGAAGGUCAAAGGUUUGGUCUCUCUCAAGAAGAGACUCUCUAGCUCUAGACUGGUUCACUUUGAUGGGAAAAUUGAGGCUUUGUGGGAGUCGUACAAAAUCACUAUUGGUAGAGACAAAAAGCUCAUUGAUUUACUUCCCGGGACCAGACUGAGCAACUCUGGUUCCAACAUUCUGCUCUUGUGGGACGUUAUCGAGGAGGAUCAUCUGCAGAUUUGGUGUGCAGAGAUUUCAUUGGAGAGACGCCAAGGACCCGAGAUUUGGGGUAAUAUUGUCUGGUCUAAUGCUCUCAUGAGUGUUGAUCCUUUCUUACAUCACUAUAAGUGUGCUUCAAUGGUUGUCAAGUCAAAUGCGUAUAAUAACAUCUUGGGCUUUGGCGAAUGUAUGCGAUGCUCUGCAUUACAGCGUUGAUGAUAGUUCCUUUGAAGGCAUUAACGAUGCUAUAACUUAUGACUCUAAUACCAGUUUUGGAUUUACUUUCAUUUCUCCUCCUUAGUAGGAUCAAAUACAAAUUCACAAGAUAUGGGCUUGCUUAUAGAAUGUGUUUUGUGCCUUACAGAGGAUGGGGACAAGGUAAUGAAAAUCCUUCCAACAAAACAAACGACAGUCAACUAAAGAAGAAGAGCUUGUGGAGAGACACAACCUACAGUUUUCUGGAUGUGAAAAGAUCCCGAGCGUCGGAUAUAUACAAACUGCUUCUAUUAGAAAAAGCGAGGUGUGUAUAGUGUUCUGAGAAUUUGACUCAUCACUUGCGGCAGAGGAUUCCUCUGAACUCCAAUAAUUCAGUUCUGAUCAUAUUCCUGUUCAUCGUAUCAGGUUCCUCUGAUACUCCCUUGACCCUUCCUAUGAGAUAGUUGUAGCUGGAUUGGCAAAUUAUGUAACAACUUCUUGUAGCUGUAGAACUAGUUCCAUUCAGUGUUUGUCUGUCCAGUCUCUAAGGAACAAUCUAGUCAUGAUAAUCUGCCUAUGAUGAUGUCAUGUGGGGCAUGUGCUUUGUAACCAGAAUGUCAAAGAAUGGCUUUAAGUCGUCUUUAUAGUGUUCUUACUACAGGACAAUGUAGACAUGGUGUAGUUGCACUUUUGGAACGAAGCUUGGGAAAAAAGUUCUGACCCGUUAAUCUGUAUCAAUGUAAUCUUGUGUUCAAUAUUCAUAAGUUUUAAAAAUGGGGUUUUGUGUACAAAAGAAUGUGUCUCUAUGUGUGUUGCAGUUCGUUUGAUCAACUUUCUGGAUAGAAAUCCAAUGUAUCACACUGUUUCCUAGUUUUAACUAUUUAAGUUGUAACUUUCUAAACCUCAUUAAAGCAAAUAUUAAAAGUUGAA